GCUCUCUCAUCCUCUGUCUGCAUGUUUGCCGAAACAGCUGAUUGGCCUCUGAAUAUGUAAUAGUCGGCAGUAAAUUGAAAUUGAAUCAAAAUAAUAAUGCAUAAAAUUGGCCAUAAUAUAGCUAAAGCUGCGCGGCAGCAUUGUUGGCGGCAACACAGGCAGCUUUCCACCUGGUCGCCACUGGGCACAGCCUUCAAUGCACCGCCAACCAAACGAAUUAACUUCACACGCAACGAUGUGGGUUUGUUUCUUAUGCCCGAACUGCGCAACGCCGAUGGCUUUCAUCUGCUGCGAGAAAAUGUCGAGAACUCCACGCAAGAGCUCAUUGCAGAGGCCGUAUCCAGCGAGAGGAAACGCAAGAUGGUGGACAUCUUCGACGAGCUGUCCGAUUCGUUGUGCAAAGUGGCCGAUCUGGCCGAGUUUGUGCGCAUAGCUCAUCCGCAAAACAAAUACAUGCAGGCAGCCGAGCAGGCCUGCAUUAGCAUUUGCGGCGUUGUGGAGAGCCUGAAUACGCAUAAGCCGCUGUAUCAAGCGCUCAGUAAAGUGGUUUGCGAUGGCGACUUGAUGCCCACCACCGAGGUGGAUCGCCAUGUGGCCAAGUUGUUUCUGUUCGACUUUGAGCAGUGCGGCAUCCAUUUACCCGAGAAGGAACGGCUGCGCGUGGUACGCUUGAAUGACUAUAUUCUCCAGCUGGGACAGAAAUUCAUGAACGGAGCCGCUCAACCGACGGUGCUACCGCGCAGCUGUGUGCCGGAGGACAUAAGAGACUACUUUCCCACAUCUGGCGACAAUAUCAUCAUCACGGGCCUCUGCACGAAUGCAUCGAAUGUAAAGAUGCGGGAAGCCGCUUAUCGGCUAUAUCUACAGCCCUCUGAUAGUCAGGAGGAGCUACUCAAGGAUCUCUUAAUCUGCCGCUAUGAGCUGGCGCGGAGCUGUGGCUUCGAAACCUAUGCGCAUCGUGCGCUGAACGGCAGCACCAUGGAGAAGCCGGAACUUGUGCGUGAAUUCAUUGAUGAGCUGUCGGAGCAACUGCGUCCGCGUGCCGAUGCCGAUUUUGCUGUAAUGACCCAAAUGAAGCGUAAAGAAAGUGGACAAAACACGGCGCUAGUUGAGAUCUGGGAUACGCCGUACUUUACAUCGCAGUUGAAGCGUCAAUCGCUAGAGGAGCAAGCAAAUGAAUUUCUGCCCUAUUUCCCACUGGGCGGCUGCAUGGAAGGAUUGGACAAUUUGCUUCAUGCGCUAUACGGCGUCCGCCUGCAGAACACGGAAAUGGAGCCCGGCGAGAGCUGGCACAGUGACAUCUACAAGCUGGCCGUGAUGCACGAGAGCGAAGGACUGCUCGGCUAUAUCUAUUGCGAUUUCUUUGAGCGAGCGGGCAAGCCCAAUCAGGAUUGCCAUUUCACUAUCCAGGGUGGCAAACGCUUGCCCGACGGCAGCUAUCAGCUGCCCAUUGUGGUUGUGAUGCUGGGCCUGGCACAGCCCCGGUGGACCGGACCGACGCUGUUGUCGCCCGCUCGCCUCGACAAUUUGUUCCACGAGAUGGGCCAUGCGAUGCACUCGAUGUUGGCGCGCACCGAGUAUCAGCAUGUGACGGGCACACGUUGUGCCACCGACUUUGCCGAGGUUCCCAGCGUAUUGAUGGAGUACUUUGCCAGUGAUCCUCGAGUGCUGCGCACCUUCGCCCGCCACUUCCAGACACAUAAACCCAUCUCGGAGGACAUGCUGCAGCGACUGUGCGCCUCGAAACAUCUGUUCGCGGCUAGCGAGACGCAGCUACAGGUCUUCUAUUCGGCGCUCGACCAGGUCUACCACGGCGAGGCGGCCGAGCAGGGCAAGAGCACGACAGAAACACUGCGCGAUGUCCAGAAUCGUUACUAUGGCCUCCCCUAUGUGGACAAUACGGCGUGGCAGCUGCGCUUCUCCCAUCUCGUGGGCUACGGUGCCAAGUAUUAUGCGUAUCUCAUAUCAAAAACGAUCGCCUCCUGGAUAUGGCAGACGUAUUUCGAGGCGAAUCCCUUCAACCGGCAGGCAGGCGAGAAGUAUCGUGCCGAGAUCCUGGCGCAUGGAGGCGCUGUGCCCAGCCGAAAGCUGGUGGCGAAUUUCUUGCAGCGCGAUCUGACGCCGCGCAUAUUGGCGGAUAGCCUGAUACAUGAAAUCGAUAUGGAUGAGUCGAAGAUAAAGGAAUUGAUUGUUAGCAGAAACUAGUAGAGAAAGUAAAAUCUGUUUUGUAUAUACUGUU